GAAAGCAGUGUUUAUUGUAUGGCCGCAGAACAGCCGUAAAUUAUUUGAAUUUGUUUAUUUAAAUGCUGCCGGAAUUAUAUAAAACAUACAUGCGCAAAUAUAGUUUCACUUCAUCAUACUGAACCGCGCAGAGAAAACGAAACGGAAGUGGGCGUAAGCCAUACCAUUCGGAUACUGAACUAGCUGUUUCCACAUACUCCGACUUCAGCAACUCUAUAGCGCAAUGGCACAUUACAACCAGCAACCGUUUUUUAACCCAACUGUCCCCUUCACCGGUUCUAUCCAAGGUGGACUUCAAGACGGGAAAACAAUCACCAUUACCGGAAAAGUUAAACAAUAUGCGGAGAGGUUCCAUGUGAACUUGCAGUGCGGGGCGAGUGCCGGAGCAGACGUAGCGCUUCACUUCAACCCGAGGUUUGAUAAUCAUCCAGGAUACGUGGUCCUAAACACUUACAGGAACUCAGCGUGGGGCGCAGAGGAGCGAAAGUACGAGGCUCCUUUCCCUCGGGGCUCCACAUUCACGCUAACUAUCGUGGUCAGUCGUGACAAAUACAAGUUGAUGGCCAAUGGGAGCCACUUCAUGGAAUAUAAUCACCGCAUCCCCUUCGGUCAAGUGGACACCAUCUCAGUGGAUGGUGGAGUUGAGCUGGCCUCCAUCAGCUUCCAGAACCCCACGGCUCCAUAUAUGCCACCGCAGCAAGCAUUUCCUUCUUACUGUACUCCUACACAAGCUUUUCCUUCUUACUGCCCUCCUCCACAGGCCUUUCCUCCACAGUAUGGUGCAUUUCCGGCCAUGCCUGGAUAUUCUCCCUCCUUUGUCAUUCCGUACAAGGCCAUCAUACCUGGUGGACUUUAUGCAGGGAGGAACAUCACCAUCCAGGGCGUGGUCCAUCCUGACGCUAAAAGGUUCCACAUCAACCUGUGCUCCAGAUCUGGGAUCGCCCUGCAUUUUAACCCCCGCUUUGACGAGAACACAGUGGUGCGCAACAACCAGGUGCAAGGCAGAUGGGGCACGGAGGAACGUUCCGGAGGCAUGCCCUUCAGCCGAGGCCAGACGUUCAUGAUGAUUAUCAUGUAUGAAAAUCAGUUCUUCAGGAUUAUCGUCAAUGGCGUUCAGGCAUUCACCUUCAACCACCGCCGUGGGACCUCAGAGCCAAAUGACACCUUGGAGGUGGAUGGAAAUGUCACCUUGACCUCAGUAAUGUUCUGAGGAAGACAGGCCUGCAUCUACUGGUCAAUGUUCAUGGUAAAAAAAAAUACAAUGACCAUAAUCUAUUUCUGCUUCUUCAAACUUUAGCUAUAUGCAUCAAAGAGUGUAUUUUUAAAGAAAUUAUAACCCUUUUUCAUUAACUGAACUUUAAUUGAAGUUAUCCUUCUAUUUUUGCCAAAGGCUUUGACUACGUUUUCUUUCAUACAUAGAUUACAAAUAUAUUGUUGUAUUUCGUAGAUGCAAUGUGCUAGACAUUUUUAAUCUACAUUUUACAGUUUGAUUUGCAUUUUCCCAUUUAUAUAAAGAUUCAAUAAACAUUUGCUUGCUGCAAAACCCAAGAUCACUUCAUUUAUGCUGCUUUUAUACAAUAUGUAUGCACCUCUCAUUUGUUGGUAAAUGUUAGUAAAGACAUAUCUGCCACAUUCAAA